UGGCUGGUCUUCUCUUCAUGAGAGAUUGCUUCCUUCCUCCCCGAGACCGAAGCUUUGCCCAAAAGAGUAGCCCUAACUUCACUCCGUCAGUAUUGGAGAUUCGCGUCGCUUUGCCCAGAACUGUAAUAAAUUCUGUCCCAACCCUAACGUCGUCGUGCAAGAUGGUGGAGGAGUUGAUUCCGCCCAAAAGAUCAUCAUCUUCUUUGGGUGAUCGUUAUUUGAGAAAUGCUCCAAUAUGUUUAUGUGGGUCGAUUGCACGUCUCAAAAUCUCGAACACCUCAAGAAAUCCAAGAAGACCUUUUUUCACUUGUCCAAAGUACAAUAAGGAGGGAAAGCCAUACUACAACUACUUUAUAUGGGUAGAUUUUGAAGAACGAAAUGAAAGUCCCUUUGCCAGGGAAAGAGAACUCCAGCAAAGAGAGGAAGAAGUCGAAAAGAGAGAGGUUGAAGUCCAAAGGAGAGAGAAUGAACUCCAACAUGCACGCAUGCUACUUUGCGUAUAUUGGGCAUUUACAAUUCUAAUCUCAUGUUGUUUGCUACGAUCAACAUCAAUUGAAGAUUAAGUUUGUAUUAGGGACUUUUUAGAUGUUGUUAACUUUUUGUGUUCUAGUGUAGCUAGACUGGUUACUUGUAAACCUUCUGCAUUAAUAUGCAGUCUUUUGUGCGAAGUUGUAAUAUGCAGUUUCUAUGUCCAACUGUACCAGACUUAUGUUGCAAUCAAUAUAACGUAUUUUCCAUCAAA